AUGGUCAAUCUUCGGGUACUCUGCCAAGAUCAUCCUCAACGAACAAUUGCACUUGUGGCUUCUGAUUAUGUGUUAAUAUUCCACUACAGCGCGGCAGAUGCCAAUGCGAGGACUGAACCCCGCUGCCAAGUGGAGUUCUCAGAUAUUGCCUCUGUCAAUCUCAAAAAUUAUCGUUCUUUGGGCGCUGGAGAUGGUACUUUGGGUCUAAUCACACUCAAUCAAGAUGUCUUCGUCUGUGUGGUCACUGCCUCUUCCCAGGCUGCUACUGUCAAACCAGGAGAAACCGUAUCCAGGAUUGAUUCAGUGGACUUUUACUGUCUAAAUCGCUCUGACUACGAAUAUGGCCUAGAAUAUGAGACUGGCUCUCAAUUUGCCGCUGAGGGGCGAGUCGGUCAGGAUAAAGACGUGAUGACUGAUCAUCCUUUCUUGGCUUUGAAGAAGCUUCUUAGUGAUGGGAGCUUCUACUAUAGCCUCGAUUUUAAUCUGACAGAUCGUUUACAGGACCGUGUAGAUAAAUCAGCAGCAUUCGAUAUCGAUACUCUAGAUGAGGAUAUGCUCUGGAAUUCGUACAUGAUCAAUCCUCUUCUUCUAUUCCGGAGCCACCUAUCGCCUUCGGACAAAGCCAAGCUAGAUGCGUGCCAGCUUUUGACAUGUGUCAUGCGAGGAUAUGCCAGCACAUUGAGAGUUCCUGCAACAGUUUCUAUUCUGCCUCAGGUACGAACUAAUUCCCCUUCUUCACUCACCAUCAUAUCCCGGCAAUCAUCCAGGCGGGCCGGUACCAGAUUCAAUUCACGGGGCAUAGAUGAUGAUGGCCAUGUUGCCAAUUUUGUUGAAACAGAGUUGAUCUUGUGGGUGGCGCCAGGAAUUGCCUUUUCAUACGUUCAAGUUCGAGGCUCUGUUCCAAUCUUUUGGGAGCAAACCCCGGGCUUGAUUCCGGGGCAGCAGAAGAUCGAAAUCACUCGGUCAAGCGAGGCGACGCAGCAUGCCUUCAAUCAACAUUUUGAGACUCUUGAAUUGGAAUAUGGAGCCGUACAUGUGGUUAACCUUCUCAGCGAACUCAAACCUGGAGAGGCAUCACUGUCGGCCAAAUAUCGAAAGCAUAUUGCCCACAGCUCUCUCCGGAAAAAAGAAGGUUCUACCGAAUCUUAUCGGAACAGCCUACUUCGUUUGACCGAAUACGAUUUUCAUGCUGAAACCAGGGGUAUUGCUGGUUAUGAAGCGAGCAACGAAAUCAAGCACAAACUGGCCGGAUCUCUGAAUGGAUUCGCCCACUUUCUGUCAGAGGAUACCACCAAUGGUGAAAAGGAUACAUCUAGCACUUCCUCUGUGAUUUUGCAGCAAGAGGGUGUUUUUCGAACCAACUGCUUAGACUGUUUGGAUCGAACAAAUCUAGUUCAAACUAUUAUCAGCUCAAUGGCACUGAAGUCAUUUAUUUGCCAACAAGGCGGAAGACUUGACUCUGAUAUGCAAAUGCGACACUCGACGCUCUGGGCUGACAAUGGCGAUGCACUGUCAAAAAUAUAUGCCGGUACCGGUGCUCUCAAGUCUUCUUUCACGCGGCAUGGAAAAAUGUCGCUUGCUGGAGCCCUUGCGGACGUACGGAAAAGUGCCACACGGCUCUACGUCAACAACUUCACUGAUAAAGCCCGACAGAACACCAUUGAUCUCCUUUUAGGUCGGUUGGCAAAUCAGAUUCCGGUUCAUCUGUACGACCCAAUGAAUGAAGUGAUCACCGAAGAGCUUAGCCGGCGUGCUUCUGAAUAUUCCUCCACCAAAAAUAUCCGGCUCUGGGUGGGUACCUUCAACGUUAAUGGUCGCGACGAAGGACCUGGUCAGGACCUCACUCCAUGGCUGUUUCCAGAAGAGGAUGAAUCAGAUAUAGAUCCCAUGAUAUUUGCUGUUGGGUUCCAGGAAAUCGUUGAUUUGAGUCCCCAGCAGAUUAUGUCGACAGAUCCUGGAACCCGAAAGGUUUGGGAGAGAGCCGUACAUGACUGUCUCAAUAACCAAGCGAAAAAAAAAGGAACUGGUAAAUAUGUGCUAUUGAGAAGUGGGCAGCUUGUGGGCGCUGCCUUAAUGAUCUUCGUGAAAUCAGAUGCUCUCAAAGAUAUCAAGAAUGUUGAAGGCACUGUUAAAAAGACUGGCCUCUCUGGUAUCGCCGGCAACAAAGGUGGCUGUGCUAUUCGCUUUGAACUCUGCAACACAAGCCUAUGCUUUGUUACGGCACAUCUAGCUGCCGGGUUUGCCAAUUACGAAGAUCGAAACAGAGAUUAUGAGACCAUUAACGGAGGUUUGCGAUUCCAAAAAAAUCGCUACAUUGCGGACCACGACAGUAUCUUCUGGUUCGGUGAUUUCAACUAUCGCAUUGGAUUAGGCAACCAGAUCGUGCGAGAUCUUGUGUCACAAUCAGACUAUCAAAAACUUUAUGCAAACGAUCAGCUAAACUUGCAAAUGAUUGCUGGAAGAGCUUUCCAGUUUUAUUCCGAAGGAUCCAUUCAGUUUGCACCGACCUAUAAAUAUGAUGUCGGCACAGAAAACUAUGAUACUUCUGAUAAAGGUCGUAUUCCAGCGUGGUGUGAUCGCGUGUUAUGGAGAGGGAGAAAUUUACGUCAAACGCAAUAUCGCACAGCCAACCUUCGUGUAUCGGAUCACCGCCCAGUCUGGACGACAUUUGAUGGAAUCAUUGACGUCGUUAACCAUGAACACAAGGAUAAUUUACGUCGUCAAAUCUACGAGGCGAAGAAAGGCGAUACUCUUUCUGACUCGGUCCAUCUUCUGGAUCUUGAAGAUGAAGAUAGUAUGCCGCACGUCUCCAUCGCACCCGGACUCCCACCUGCUAGUUCUGAUCGAAAUCGAUGGUGGCUCGAUAAUGGAGCACCCGUCAAAGCAACCGUGCAACCGCCCGAAGAGGGGUUCGUUGCCAAUAUGCAGCGUAAAUCCAAUCCCUUCUCUCCGGAUACUGAGCCUGAUUGGGUAUCCAGCUCAGAAUUGAUGACGACGCGGAUCUCUGACAAAAAACCUCUGCCUCCCCCUCGGCGGGAAACUAUGGACAGCUCUGACUCUCUAAGUCAAAAGCUGCGCAUCGAGAAAUCACCGCCAGUGGUUCCUCGGAAGCCAAUCGCGCUGAGUUCUCGACGCUCACUGCAGUCUCCGGUUAACGGUUGUGAUGAUAUUGAAUACAAGAAGCCACUAAGUAGUUCGACUCAAAGCAGUAAAAUGCCUGUCAGUGCUGAUCUUCUUGGUGAUGCCAACGAGGAAAUAGGAUGGAAGCCCCUUCUUUCUCAGUGA